AUGUGUAUGCAUGUAGGGAAAGGACUGGACAUUGAAGUGGUGGACAGUUUGAACUUUCUACCAAUGAAAUUGGCGGCGUUACCAAAAUCGUGCGGUCUAAAGGAGUUAAAGAAAUAUUGGUUUCCACAUCUUUUCAACCUUCAGCAAAACCAAACCUACAUAGGACCUUAUCCAGCGCCACAUUUUUAUGACUGUGACCGUAUGAAUACCGGCGAUAGAAAAACGUUCAUGGAAUGGCACGACACCACGGAGGGAGAACUAUUUGACUUCCGAGAAGAGAUGCUGUCCUACUGUCGCAGUGAUGUUGACAUACUUAGACGCGCAUGUCUCAAAUUUAGAGAUCUACUGAUGAACGCCACUGUCCAUUGGGACAGAUGGGGUUGA